CUUUGCCUUCUGCAUUGAACCCUGCCUGGAUUACCAUCUUCUGGAAAGAAGCGAUCCAGCUCCAUGAACAAAGACUCAAGCCUUUUGUUACUUCGUUGGAUCACACCGGCUGGCAGCCUCCUGAUUUCUUCGCUCCUUGGAUCACCCUCCAUGAACCCUGUCCACCCUCCUCCAUCCACUGCACCAACUUCAGAAACUCUUGGACCAGCUAACCAUCCUGACACACCAGUAUUCACCAUCCUCAGUCUCACGGGUAAACAGCCCUUUGGUCUCUCCACCCCCCUCCGGCGGAUCUCCCCAUCUAUCCAGUUUCCUUGUUCUGCGCAAAAAUCUAAUACCCAACAUCUGAGGGGAGUGGAGACUCCAGGAGGGAGGAGAAACCGAGGGGAGAGUAGCAGAGGGAGGAGAAUGAAGCAGGAGCCAGUGGGACUGCAGGGGGAACAUUUUAGACCUCGAUUCUCCUCGAAGUCUGGACUUUUUAUUUCUGUUUACCGACAGGAAGACGCGCAGCUUUACGGCUCGUUUUAUCUCAUCUGAGACAGACCCUUGGACCAGACGUAGCUUUUGUCCCCGUCUCUUCUUCCUGUUUGGGAUUCCUGACUUACUUUAGGAGUGACGUGCGGUUCUAAACGGGAAGCCUCCCCUUUCUGAGUCACCAACUUUCAUGGGAAAGACAUCAAGUGCCUGAUUAUGAUGGAGAGAUAACAUACGAAGGAAGAGGAAGAGGAAGAGAAGAUGUCAUUUUUUGGUUUGGAGUGUUUCGCAAACACUGAGGGAGCAGAACUGGAGAGAAAACUCAGAGCCAAUGACCGAGAGUACAACCGCUCCUUUAAAUAUGCAACAAACGCCAUCAAGACCUCCAAGUACAAUUUCUUCACCUUUCUUCCUCUCAACCUGUUUGAACAGUUCCAGAGGAUUGCUAAUGCCUACUUUCUUGUUCUGUUGGUGCUGCAGGUGAUCCCUCAGAUCUCCUCCCUGUCCUGGUUCACCACCGUCGUGCCUCUCAUCCUCGUGCUUACAGUCACCGCUGCUAAGGAUGCAACUGACGAUAUAAAUCGCCACAGGAGCGACAAUCGAGUAAACAACCGAAAAGUUCAAGUACUCAUUGAUAGAAAGCUGCGGAGUGAGAAAUGGAUGGACAUCCAGGUAGGAGACAUCAUCAAGCUAGAAAACAACCAGUUUGUAACUGCUGACCUCUUGCUGCUCUCCAGCAGCGAACCCCUAAACCUUGUGUACAUAGAGACGGCAGAAUUGGAUGGAGAGACUAACCUGAAGGUCAAGCAGGCCCUGCCAGUAACAGGAGACCUGGGAGAUGAUAUCGAACAACUGGCAGACUUUAAUGGUGAGGUUCGCUGUGAACCCCCCAACAACCGCCUCGACCGAUUCAUGGGAACGCUAACAUACGCGGGUCAGAAAUAUCCGCUGGACAAUGAGAAGAUCCUGCUGCGAGGCUGCACGCUGAGGAACACCGAGUGGUGCUUCGGGCUGGUGCUGUUCGGAGGUCAAGAGACGAAGCUGAUGCAGAACUGUGGGAAGAGCACCUUCAAGAGGACCAGUAUAGAUCGUCUGAUGAAUGUUCUUGUUCUCUGUAUUUUCGGUUUUCUCGUAUUCAUGUGCUUGAUCCUGGCAAUCGGAAACUACAUUUGGGAGAUAAACAACGGCUCAAACUUCACCGUCUUCCUGCCGAGGGAAGAUGGCAACAGCGCUGGUUUCUCCGCCUUUCUCACCUUCUGGUCCUACGUCAUCAUCCUCAACACUGUGGUGCCCAUCUCGCUUUAUGUUAGUGUGGAGAUCAUUCGGCUGGGGAACAGCUUCUACAUCGACUGGGACAGGAAGAUGUAUUAUUCUCGCAGCGACACACCCGCCGAGGCGCGCACCACCACGCUGAAUGAGGAGCUCGGUCAAAUCAAGUAUGUCUUCAGCGACAAGACGGGAACGCUCACCCAGAACAUCAUGACCUUCAACAAAUGCUCCAUCAACGGGAAGUCCUACGGAGAUGUGUAUGACUGCACAGGCCAAAGGCUGGACAUUUCUGAGUAUAAAGACCCAGCAGACUUCUCUUUCAACCCUCUGGCUGACCCCCGGUUCAUGUUCUACGACCACUCCCUAGUGGAGGCAGUGAAGCUGGAGAACCCAGAGGUCCACGCCUUCUUCAGACUGCUGGCACUCUGCCACACCGUCAUGGCCGAGGAGAAAAAAGAAGGUGAGCUUUUCUAUCAGGCCCAGUCUCCAGAUGAAGGAGCGCUGGUGACUGCAGCCAGAAACUUUGGAUUCGUCUUCCGCUCUCGUACACCUGACAGCAUUUCCGUCGUGGAAAUGGGAAAUCAGCGCAGCUACGAACUCUUGGCAAUCCUUGACUUCAACAACGUCCGCAAGAGGAUGUCCGUCAUCGUACGCAGUCCAGAGGGGAAGCUGUCUCUCUACUGUAAAGGUGCAGACACGAUCAUCUAUGAGAAGCUGCACCAGUCCUGCAGAAAGCUGAUGGACGUCACUACGGAGCACCUUAAUGAAUUUGCAGGGGAGGGACUGCGGACGCUCGCUCUUGCCUACAAAGAUUUGGACGAGGAGUACUUCAGCCAGUGGAAACAGCGCCACCAUGAGGCGAGCACCACACUGGAAGACAAGGAGAGCAAACUGGACGAGCUGUAUGAGGAGAUAGAGAAGGACCUUCUGCUGCUGGGAGCAACAGCCAUCGAAGACAAGUUACAGGAUGGAGUACCUCAGACCAUUGAGCAGCUGGCCAAAGCUGACAUCAAAAUCUGGGUUCUAACUGGUGACAAGCAAGAAACAGCAGAAAACAUCGGCUACUCGUGCAACUUGCUGCGGGAAGAGAUGAACGAAGUCUUCAUAAUCUCGGGCCACUCACCUGAGGAUGUGAGACAAGAACUGAGAAAUGCGCAGAACUCCAUGAAACCAAACGGAGCAGUGAAUUCUCUGCUUUUACUUGAGGAUAUGGGUAAACAUGUGAAUCUGAUCAAAGAUGAGAUGGCUGAUGGAGAGUAUGGUCUUGUUAUCAACGGACACAGUCUGGCAUACGCCUUGGAGAGCAGCAUGGAGCUGGAGUUCCUCAGGACGGCGUGUUUGUGCAAGGCAGUGAUCUGCUGCAGGGUGACGCCCCUGCAGAAGGCCCAAGUGGUGGAGCUGGUCAAGAAGUACAAGAAGGCGGUCACACUGGCUAUAGGUGAUGGAGCCAAUGAUGUCAGCAUGAUCAAAGCGGCUCAUAUUGGUGUGGGCAUCUCAGGACAGGAGGGUAUGCAAGCCGUCCUGUCCAGCGACUACUCCUUCGCCCAGUUCCGCUUCCUGCAGCGCCUCCUGCUGGUCCACGGACGCUGGUCCUACCUGCGCAUGUGCAAAUUCCUGCGGUACUUCUUCUACAAGAACUUCACCUUCACCUUCGUCCACUUCUGGUUCGGCUUCUUCUGCGGCUUUUCUGCGCAGACGGUGUAUGACGAGUGGUUCAUCACGCUCUACAACCUGAUGUACACAGCUCUGCCUGUUCUGGGAAUGAGCUUGUUUGAUCAGGAUGUUGAUGAAAUGUGGAGUUUCCAGCAUCCACAGCUCUACAUUCCCGGUCAACUGAAUCUGUAUUUCAGCAAGAAGGCCUUCUUCAAGUGUGCCAUCCACAGCUGCUACUGCUCCCUGGUGCUCUUCUUCAUCCCUUAUGCCGCCCUACAAGACACAGUGAGGGACGACGGGAAGGACGUGGCGGACUACCAGUCCUUCGCCCUCCUCACGCAGACGUGCCUGCUGUUUGCAGUGAGCAUCCAGCUGGGGUUGGAGAUGUCUUACUGGACAGCUGUGAACACGUUCUUUGUUUUGGGCAGUCUGGCCAUGUACUUCGCUGUCACCUUCACCAUGUACAGUAACGGCAUGUUCCUCAUAGUGCCAUCAGCUUUCCAUUUCAUAGGAACGGCUCGAAACUCUCUGAACCAGCCCAACGUUUGGCUGACAAUCAUCCUCACCUCCAUCCUGUGCGUCCUUCCCAUGGUUACCUACCGCUUCCUGUUGAUUCAGCUCUGCCCCACCAUCAAUGACAAGGUGAUGUUCAAGGUGAGACAGGCCAGAGCAACACCUCCUCCUCCACCUCGACGCACCCGCAUCCGCCGCACCAGCUCCCGCCGCUCAGGCUACGCCUUCUCACACGCGCAGGGCUAUGGGGACCUGGUGACGUCCGGUCGGUUCCUGCGACGUCCCGCCAUUUCGCGGUCUUCGGGUUUCCCCCAGGUUGGACGGGCCACCACGGGGUUCAGUCCAAUGGGACGGUCGGCAGGUUACAGCCCGACUGGGCGCCCCCAAAACGCGAAGAUCCAGGAUGUGGAGGUGACUUCGCUGCAGAUGUACAGGACGAUCACCGAUCGCCCUCUAUGAUGCAGAGACUAAAACAAAUGGUGUCUGGAGAAACUUUGGAUGGAAGCAGGAGUGAUGGAUUGACUCGAUGGUGGCAUCAUUGCAGUUUGGGUUUCCAAACUCGGAGAUCUCCUAAGUGGCAAAUGGUUUACUGCCUUCUGAUCUGAAGGUUAACCUGAAGGAACCAGCAGAUGAGAAGCUAACAGAUGGGAUCUACUUGAUAACAGACACAGGACAAUGAGCUUCCAGGCAGCAACAAGCAGAGGAUCAAAGUGAUUUAAUGUGUUGGGAAACACAAAGUGUCAUCAUGUUUACAGACUGCCCAGACCUUUGUAAUCCUGGGAGUCCAGAGGCAAAGCAGAGCUUUGUACAGAGGGAAUAACCAACAAAGACACACUGCUUUCAGUGCUUUGCUCUUUUCUUUACCACUUUCUUAACUCACCAUCCAGUUCAGCUCCAGUGGGAGAUAACUGUUUGUUUAAAACAAACAAAACAUUAUUCUGCUACUUUUCCUUUUCCAGUGGCGGUUCUAUUUUAGUUCUUCUGAAGUUUUUAAAGACAUUUGGACGUACAUAUAAUGUUUGUUUUUAAUUAUUAUCAUUAUUUACAUUAAUCUGAGAAAGUGAACCAGUUCUCAAGACAUGACAAACUUCAUUCUGUAGAUGUUUAUAAGCUGUAGGUAGCGAAGAACUGGUUAGAAAACAACAUAUCAGCUGUUAUUGGGAGCUAUUCUUCAUACAAGGCCGUAUAUCAUUUCUUUGCUUAAUUCCUUUUUCCAGAGUUUUCCAUAUCAGAACAUAUUAGAAAUAAUUCGGUCUAACCUGAAGUGCGCAAAGACACUCAACAGAUUCCUCAGUGGCCAUGUGAUGGACUGGUGAACCUAUCCAGGGAUAGAUGGAUGGAUGGAUGGAUGGAUUCCCCACUGUCAUUCUUAACGAAACAAUGAUAAAGUCAAAAUGUAAACAUUAAAAGAAAAGACUAUGUGUAAAAUAACUAAGUAUACCCUAGAGGCUUCCAUAAGCAUUUAAAAGGAAAGUAGAAGCCAGGUGCUGCUAAUUAAAACUAUUGAUUAACGAAUCAUCUGCAGGUGUGACCAGAUCUAUAAAAACAGGAGCUUGGGUAGUUUACUGCUUUGGGGCAAAAAGGUGUGUGUUAAGGAGGAAAGAUAUCAUCAAUGUACCUUAAAGAAUAAAUUGUCGCUGAGCAUUAAUCUUUAAAUGGUUGUUAAAUAUUUUUCAACUCAGUUGAAGUCCAAUAUUCAUCAGUAAGAAAGAUUAUUUGCAAAUGGAAAAUAUUUAGGACAUCUGCAGAUUUUCCCAGGAAUCUUCUCAAAUUAAUAAGGUUAGACUGUGCAAUGGUCAGCAGACAAAAAAAGCUCCAACUUACUGUCUUCAGGCCUCAGGUAGCAUGUUAAAUGUUAAAGUUCAUGACAUCAGAAUUAGAAAACAACUGCACAGGUAUAGCUUAUUUAGAAGGGUCGCCGGGAGAAGAAAAACCUUUGGCAGCCCAAUUUAGGUUUGCAAAGCUGCAGCUGAAUGAACACCAAGGACUUUAUAGUUUAUAGUUUCUUAAACUCAUUGGGUCUUUCCUGGUUAAAUACAGAUUAAAUAAAACAGCAUAUCUGGAACAAUGUCCUUUGGACAGACAGGCUCAAAGUAGAUAUGUUUGACCUUAAUGCAGAGCGCCAUGUUUGGAGAAAACCAGACACAUCAGCACAAACGCUCCAAACCAACUGUCAAGCACGGUGGUAAAGGUGUAAUGAUUGGGGCCUGUUUUGCACACUUUGGUUCUGAGCCCAGUUGCAGUCAUUGAGUCGACCAUGAACUCCUCCAGACACCAAAGUAUUUUAGAGUAAAAUGUGAGCCAGUCUGUCCCAGCAGCUGAAGUCUGUUGAUCCAAGCUGGGUCAUCGGCAGAACGAUCCCAAACACUGCCAGAAAACUAUAGCAGAAUUACAAAAAAAAAAAAAAAGAAUCAUAGUGUUGCAAUGGCCCAGUCAAAGUCCAGACCUCUCUCUGAUUAAAUUGUUUUGUUAGGACUUUUAGAGAGCUGUGCAGAAAUAAAUGUCUGCAAACCUCAAGGACCUGAAGCAGCUUUCUUUUCUCUUUGAGAUUAAACUGAAAUAAUUUUAGAACCUGGUAAAGACCAGAUUAUUUACAUAAAACCAGAUAAUUUAAAGUCGGCGUACUUUCUUUUUCCCUUCACUGUAUAUGUGAUUCCCAAUUAUUUUAUUUAUUAUUCAAAAUACUAAAAUAUUUUAGUGAAAAGGUCAUGUGUAAAAUAACUAAGUACACCCUAGAAGCCUCCAUAAGAUUUCAAAAGGAAAGUGGAAGCCAGGUGCUGCUAAUUAAAGCUAUUGAUUAACUGAUACUCUGGAGGUGUGACCAGAUCUAUAAAAACAGGAGGAUUCAUAAAAGAAUUUUAAUGAAAAAUAAGUAAAACAAAAGCCCCAAAAUUAGGCUUUUGUUUUUGGAAAAGCGAUUUGAUUGCAACAUUCCCUUUGCAGAAGUUAAUUAAAAGUUAACAGAUUUAUUGGGAGAUUUUUUGUUUCCCCCACCUGCCAGAAGGAUUUUAUUUACUGCUUUCUGACUCAGAAUUUUCACUUCAUUUACCUAAUUUGUGUCCGUUUGUGGAUUACCCUCCACUAAAUGUACUAUUCAGAACUAAUAUGUAAGUUUUGUUGCAUAGUAAUUAAUAAUAUUUUGCACUGCAGCUCUAAGGAAGCAUUUCUGUUGCUUUGCCUUUUUUUUUUUAAAGUUUAUGCAUAUGGGUUCUGUGUACAUUCCUUUAAUAACUGGGGCCAGAUACUGGUCCUCGCUGUUAAACGAGCACUAAGACCGCAGGCUGUCGCUCCUUCAUGUGUGAUGAGACAGAAAACCAGGAACAUCGUCUCUCGUGUGUUUAGCAGUUUUGUCAUUCCGUAGACACUACAAGCAUGACUAAUUCAGCUUUUUAUCUGUUCAGUGACACUCUUUGAUUUAGAGUUGUCAUCUAUGUGGUUGUUGGUGUUUUCAAACUCAAAGGUGACCUUACCAAAAAAUAAAAACAAUGCUGAAAGUAUCUUUAUGAACUUUAAAUCGUGAAAUUGAUCAUGUUCUUGUUUAUGCUUCAUUUCAGUGUAUUUUUGUCAGAAAAUGUAUCAUCUUCUGUUCAGAGACAAUUUAAAAAUCAUUUGUUGCUUAUCUUUGUUAUUCUGCAGCCAGAUGUUUUUACCGGUCACUUAAAAGGCUGUUUAUCUUUAUCUGCACACUUUCCUCUUUGAAUGCAUGCAUGCCUUGACAUUAAAACAAAAUUUUUUGUAAUAAUUUUGCAACAUAAAGAUGAUAAUAGUAGGUUUGUUAGGUCAAAACAGGGAUGUUUUCUGCAGCUCAGUUAAUGAACAAAUCUUAAACAUUUUGUACUAUAGAUUUUAACAUUGCAAUAUUUACAUGAAUAAAUAUUUAAUGAGAAGAGGUUUAUAUGCAUUUGGGUUGCGAAUCAGUUUUUUUUUUCCAUGUCUGACUUUAAGCAACAGAGAUACAAUGUUUUUUUUUUAACUUAAAUUUCUCUGAUUUUUUUCCUCCAAAGGUGGUUGGAUAUGUAAGCUUUGUAUUUUGUGAUGAACCAAAGACAUUUAAAGCUUUAUAUGUUGUAGUUGACUAUGGUUAACAGAGGAAAUUUGGUGCUGGAAAUCAAAGUAGCUGUUGUAACACAGGCGAUUCUCAACCUUAAGGUGCCUUUCAUUGAAGCAAAGGUUUUAAUUCAGAGGAAACUUAUACAUGCCUUUUUUAUUUUGGUGUUGUGUUACAAACCUGUGCUGGAUGCUGACGAUUUGACUUUUUGCACGGCAGCUAACAGAUACAAUACUUGUAGGGCAUCUGUUUGCCAUUAAUUUUCAAGAUAGAAACUCAAAAUAAUGAGAGGAAACAGAAUAAAUGGAUAUAAUGGUGCCACUAUACAGUGGCAGAAUGUAUUAAAAGCCUUUUCAGAGUUUGUUUCUGCAGCCAGAACCUCGUUUUCCUCUGCUGUUCAGCAGCACGUGUUGCUGAUUUUUCGCACUGCACUUCUGAUCAAUGUUUUGUAUCUUUUUAUACAUUUCAGAUGUUUAAACUGUAAUAAAGAGAUCUGAACGAUUA